AUGCCAUUAGGUUUGGUUAGAGAACUACCCAGCAUCAAAUUUGCAUUGCUCAGUCUGGUUGCCAUCGAGUGUUGAUAUGAAUGGAUAUUUUUUCUGUAUCCUUCACCGCCCAAUUUUCACAACCUCCCCCGGUAACACCCUUCUCAGGGAAGAGCCAAACACCGACGCCAUCUUCCUCCGUACUCUCACUGAAACCCCUUCGGGGCUCCACUGACGGUUCCCGGCUCAUCCCUUAUUCUUCCUCAUCUUCCAGCCCACGCCGUCCAACCCUUCACAAUGACCCAUCAACCACCUCCAAUACAAAGGUCUCUAAGCUCCCCAAGAAUCCCCUCAAGAAUCUCAUUAGUUCCAUCCCGCCCCCUCCGACUAUCCCAACCCCUUCACCACCCCCGCCGUCGCCUCAAACCCUAUCUAGUAAGCUCCGCUUGUCUAGCAAACUCUUCCCGCCUCUGCCGCCGCCGCCACCACCACCUCAAGAAACAGUCAUUGAAGAUGGUGACAAUGAAUUUGACGGGAGAUCUGGAAAUUCAGACUCCGAAGGAAUGGUACUUAGAGAUGUAUUUAGAGAGGAAGGUAAGAUCUUCGUGGGAAAUUUACCAUUGUGGGUCAAGAAGUGCGAGAUUGCAGAGUUCUUUAGGCAGUUUGGGCCUAUUAAAAACGUGAUCUUGAUAAAAGCUCACCAUGAAACUGACAAAAACAUGGGGUUUGGAUUUGUCAUAUAUGGAGGGCCCAUGGCCGAGAAGGCCGCAGCUAACGCUGUGGAGUUUGACGGGGUUGAGUUUCAUGGGAGGGUGUUGACUGUGAAGCUGGAUGACGGAAAGAGAGUGAAAUCCAAAAGAGAGGAGAGAAUGAGAAUGGUGGAGGGAAAAGAUGAUGGAGAAGAGUACAAGUCCAAGUGGCAUGAAGUGAGGCAAGCUUCCAGGACAAAUUUGAGGAGAGUUUUAGAAUCGUAUCCUGAUAAUUGGCAAGCAGUGGUAAAAGCCUUUGAGAGAAUAAACAAGUUAGCAGGACAAUGUCGAUCAAAUGAUUUUGGGACAUAAUUGUGUAGAUGAUUACUCUUUGUAGCCAUCCAGGAAGGAGUUUGGCUUGAUAGUGAAUUACUAUGCUAGGCGUGGGGACAUGCAUCGUGCGAGAGAAAUGUUCGAGAAGAUGCGUGCCAGGGGAAUAGAGCCAACAUCUCAUGUAUAUACCAACCUGAUUCAUGCAUAUGCAGUGGGUAGAGACAUGGAUGAAGCACUUACUUGUGUGAAAAAAAUGAAAGAUGAAGGUCUUGAAAUGAGCUCGGUUACUUACAGUGUUAUCAUUAGUGGAUUUGCUAAAGUGGGCAAAGUCGAAGAUGCAGAGUGGUGGUUUCAAGGGGCCAAACAAGAGCAUAUGACCUUAAAUGCUAUCAUAUAUGGAAGCAUAAUAUAUGCUAAUUGCCAAACAGGUAAUAUGGAUAGAGCUGAAGAGUUGGUAAGAGAGAUGGAAGAAGAUGGCAUUGAUGCUCCAAUUGAUAUAUAUCACACAAUGAUGGAUGGUUAUACAAUGAGUGGAAAUGCUGAGAAAUGUCUUAUUGUGUUUGAUAGACUCAAGGAAUGUGGCUUUGCACCAUCAAUAGUCAGUUAUGGAUGCCUCAUUAAUUUGUAUGUAAAGUCCAAAAUGCUUUCUAAAGCAUUGGAAGUCAGUGAAACAAUGAAAUUGGCUGGCAUCAGACAUAACAUGAAGACUUACUCUAUGUUGAUCAAUGGAUUCAUAAAUCUGAAGGACUGGGCCAACGCCUUUGCCAUUUUUGAAGAUAUAAUAAGGGAUGGUUUAAAACCAGAUCUUGUGCUUUACAAUAACAUCAUCAAAGCUUUCUGUGGGAUGGGAAACUUAGACCAUGCCAUCCGUAUGGUUGAUGAAAUGAAAAAACAGAGGCUUAAGCCUAGUUCAAGGACGUUUUUGCCCAUCAUUCAUGCUUUUGCAAAAGCUGGAGAUAUACACAGAGCCCUCAGCACUUUGGUGUUGAUGAGGAGGAAUGGUGUUACACCAACAGUCCAUGUGUUUAAUUCUCUAAUUCUUGGCCUUGUUGGAAAGCUGCAGAUUGAGAAGGCUGUUGGCAUAUUGGAAGAGAUGUUGGUAGCUGGAAUUAGUCCAAAUGAACACACAUAUACAACAAUUAUGCAAGGCUAUGCAUCUGUUGGUGAUAUUGGAAAAGCUUUUCAGUAUUUCACAAAACUAAAAUCUGAAGGUUUGGUGGUUGAUGUGUAUACAUAUGAGGCUUUGCUCAAGGCGUGUUGUAAAUCCGGGAGGAUGCAAAGCGCUUUAGCAGUGACUAAAGAAAUGAGUGCUAAUAACAUCCCAAGGAACACCUUUGUUUACAACAUCUUAGUUGAUGGGUGGGCGAGAAGAGGUGAUGUUUGGGAGGCUGCUGAUCUUAUGCAACAGAUGAGACAGGAAGGGGUUCAGCCUGAUAUCCAUACAUACACGUCUUUCAUUAGCGCUUCUUGCAAAGCCGGAGACAUGCAGAGAGCAGUGAGCACAAUUGAAGAAAUGAAAGCGGUGGGAGUGGAACCUAACAUAAGAACGUAUACAACCCUAAUAAACGGGUGGGCCCGAGCUUCACUUCCGGAGAAGGCAUUGAGCUGUUUUGAAGAAAUGAAGAAAGCCGGAAUGAAGCCCGACAAAGCCACUUACCAUUGUUUGAUGACAUCCCUUGUAUCGAGAGCUGCUGUCACCGAAGACUACAUCUUAACGGGCAUCUUAAAUGUUUGUGGGGAGAUGGUUGAGUCGGGCAUGACAGUUGAUAUGGGCACGGCCGUCCAUUGGUCCAAGUGCUUACGGAAGAUCGAGAGGGCAGGUGGCAGUAUAACAGAGGCCCUUCAAAAGACAUUUCCUCCCGACUGGAAUGCUCAUAAAACUAUUAUUGCAACUACGGUUGAUGUCAAUGACGAAGAUGAAGGAUUAGUUAACAGUGAAUAUGAUUAUGAUGAUGAUGCACAAGAAAGAUGAAAAGCUCCUAUGGAUCCAAAGAGAAUUUCUUGUACUGUUUUUAGUAAUAGAGUUCUUUUUUUAUUUUAUUUUUAUUUCCAAAAUUGGUACGAGAAUAUGUUUAAUGUGCAACUUUUUGGUAGAUAUAUGUAGUAGUAAAGCUGUUUGGUGUAAGGACUGGUGAUGCCAUUAGAUUUAAUAAAAAAUGUAUUGGAUUUUGUUGAGGAAGAAAAUUCUCUGAUGAAAUAGUAAAGAGAACGGGGCC